ACCAGUUCGAAGAUGUACAACUGCAAACCUGAUUGCGAUGUGUAUCACGAUAGAUGCAUUUAUGAUGGUCUUUUCCGUAAGGUCGCCGAUAUUAUGUCGUCAGAAGGUUACCUGAAGGCUGGGUACGAAUACAUAAUUAUUGGUGAUUGCUGGAUGACAAAUAGAGAUCCGAAAACCCAUCGCUUACAACCAAAUUCUACAAGGUUUCCUAAUGGGAUUAAGGCUUUGGCCGACUACAUUCACAGUAAGGGCCUUAAGUUGGGCAUAUACGAAGAAUUAGGUGAAUACACUUGUUCAGGUUACCCCGGAAUGAAAAACCACCUGGAACUAGACGCAAAAACCUUCGCCGAAUGGGAUAUCGACUAUGUCGAAGUUGACGGAUAUACUUAAAUGCGACCGGUC